CGUGUCGGGAUUGGAAUGUAACAGAGUAACAAUCGGAACAACUGAGUAAACGGUGAUUAGGAAGCGACGGGACUGAGCAACUCGGUUUGUGUUAUUUUCUGGACAAACCGGCAGAGAUCCGAGACACGAAGAGUUUAAUCCCCUGUCCUCAUGAUCGGAUUUACUUCUGGCGUGUGAUGGUCGGAUGAGAGGAGAGGACUCAGAGCAGACUAUAAUGCAGGGAUUCGUGAGGUUACUGUGGUGAGGAUGAAGUGACCUCUACAUUUUUCACUCUCAUGGAGUUGAAGUGAGUGGAGGUGUGAGGAGGAGGAGGAGGAGAGCUGCUGCUGCUGCUGCUGGUGGGACGCGUGGUGGGCUUCGACACCAUCACCAUCAUCACUCCACUGGGAUUAAAAGUAGCCCUCAGAUGGAAGUUCAAAAAUAACCAAAUAAGUCGCAAAAACAGACUUUUCCCCAACAUACACGUGAGAUUUAUUUAUUUAUUUCCAUGUGUCUCAUCUAAGCAGAUUGCAAGUUCCAAGCCCAGUCAAGGCUAUGGGGCGCCUUGAAAUGCUCCAGCUGUUCAGCCGAGGGAGUGUGCUGAAAUAGCGGGUAAAAAAGUCGCCCACAUGCGCUGGAUCAGCGGCUCGGUACGGGCUCGGUAUCCGCAGCAGAGGGAGGCUCAGGCGGCUCGGCAGGAACCCUGGCAGGCUGGAAGAUGGCGGAGCGGCGCGCUGGUGCCAGCCGGAGACGCUGAGAGCCAAACUUCCAGAUUUGUUUCGCAGACGUUCGGCUCUCAGCAGGACCCAUGCAGGCCAAAAAGCGCUACCUGGUUUCGCUGUUCACCGGCGCGUUCCUGCUGCUGCUCUUUUACUUGGCGGGGGUCCCGGUGUCCCCGGGCGCGCACAGCCGGCAGGAGCGCAGCCGUCACGGACAUCACCGGCGCUCCGAGCAGCCGUGGCCGCACUUCUCCGACCCUUUAAACUCGUUCAGCCCGUGGGACCAAACCGACACUGAGGACUACAACGCUGUCCACACGUCUCCCAGGCAGAAGCGGGACUCGAACACCAGUGCGUAUAAGGGCAAGCGCUGCCGCAUGGACUCGUGCUUCGACUUCACGUUAUGUCGCCGCAACGGCUUCAAGGUGUACGUGUACCCACAGCAGAAAGGCGAGAAGAUCUCCGAGAGCUACCAGAACAUUUUGGCGACUAUCGAGGCGUCCCGUUUUUACACGUCCGACCCGAGCCAGGCGUGUGUCUUCGUGCUCAGCUUGGACACAUUGGACCGGGACCAGCUCUCCCCGCAUUAUGUGCACAACCUGCGCGCCAAGGUCCAGAACCUGCCGCUGUGGAACGACGGCAGGAACCACCUCAUCUUCAACUUGUACUCCGGCACCUGGCCCGACUACACAGAGGAUCUGGGUUUUGACAUUGGCCAGGCCAUGUUAGCCAAGGCCAGCAUCAGUACAGAGACCUUUCGGCCACGCUUUGACGUGUCCAUCCCACUUUUUCCCAAGGAGCACCCAAAAACUGGUGGUGAAAAGGGAUAUCUCAAGUACAACACCAUCCCACCAUUUCGGAAGUACAUGCUUGUGUUCAAAGGCAAGCGCUAUCUCACCGGGAUUGGCUCGGACACAAGGAACGCUUUGUAUCACGUUCAUAAUGCAGAAGAUGUGGUUCUGCUGACCACAUGUAAACAUGGGAAAGACUGGCAGAAGCACAAGGAUGCACGCUGUGAUCGGGACAACGCAGAGUAUGACAAAUAUGACUACCGUGAAAUGCUUCACAACUCCACCUUCUGUCUGGUGCCGCGAGGACGACGAUUGGGCUCCUUUCGCUUCCUGGAAGCGUUGCAGGCAGCCUGUGUGCCCGUCAUGCUCAGUAAUGGUUGGGAGCUUCCCUUCUCUGAGGUCAUCAACUGGAACACAGGCGCUGUGAUCGGAGACGAGAGGCUCCUGCUGCAGAUCCCCUCCACAGUGCGCUCCAUCCAUCAGGAUAAGAUCUUGGCUCUAAGGCAGCAGACUCAGUUCCUGUGGGAGGCCUACUUCUCAUCAGUGGAGAAGAUUGUACUUACCACCCUCGAAAUCAUUCAGGACCGGGUUCUUCAGCACACAGCACGCAGUACGGUGAUGUGGAACACUCAUCCAGGAGGUCUAUUCACCCUGCCCCAGUAUUCCUCCUAUCUAGGCGACUUCCCUUUCCACUAUGCUGGCCUUGGGAUCAAAGCAUACCCCAAGUUCACCGCAGUCAUCCAUGCUGUCACCCCGCUGGUGUCUCAGUCUCAGCCCAUUCUCAAGCUCCUGACAGCCGUGGCCAAGUCCCAGUACUGUGCUCAGAUUAUUGUAUUGUGGAAUUGCGACAAGCCCUUACCUGCCAAGCACCGAUGGCCUGCCACCUCUGUGCCUGUCAUAGUCAUCGAAGGAGAGAACAAGGUGAUGAGCAGUCGCUUUCUGCCUUAUGAGAGCAUCCUCACUGAUGCUGUGCUGAGUCUCGAUGAGGAUACGGUGCUCUCAACCACAGAGGUGGAUUUUGCCUUCACGGUAUGGCAAAGUUUCCCAGAGAGGAUUGUGGGAUACCCUGCCCGCAGUCAUUUCUGGGACAGUAAUAAGGAGCGCUGGGGCUACACAUCCAAAUGGACCAACGAUUACUCCAUGGUUCUGACUGGAGCCGCUAUCUACCACAAAUAUUACCACUACCUGUACACCCACUUCCUGCCCAGCAGCCUCAAGAACAUGGUGGACCAGCUCGCGAACUGUGAGGACAUCCUGAUGAACUUCUUGGUGUCGGCCGUCACAAAGCUGCCACCCAUCAAAGUGACACAGAAGAAGCAGUACAAGGAGACCAUGAUGGGGCAGUCAUCCCGGGCGUCUCGCUGGGCAGAUCCAGACCACUUUGCCCAGCGCCAGACCUGCAUGAACAAAUUUGCCAGCUGGUUUGGCUCUAUGCCUCUGGUCCAUUCGCAAAUGAGACUGGAUCCGGUUCUGUUUAAAGACCAGGUCUCCAUCCUGCGUAAGAAAUACAGGGAAAUUGAGCGCCUCUGACCAGACGAGCGCCCCCUACUGAGCGUGCAGCAGGGGGCACUGGGAUACUCGGUGGAAAGCAGGAGGACUGAGGCACAGGAGUCUGCAGCUGUCACUGCUCCACUUUAUUCCACUUAGCGAACUGUUAGUGACUAGUCUGGCAGAACGUGAGCACUCUCUGGGCUCUUACACAUACACACUCAGAGCACACUUUUGACCACAAGACUCUGAAAGAAUGGGUAUUGUUUUUGUUUUAUUUUGUUUUUUUAAAUGAAUGCCAUAACGGACAGACGAUCCUUUAUCGCCAGCACGAGAGAAUAUGGUAGAAGGCAGGAGGGAUGCAUCAAUGUGUCUUCACACACAUCUAGAUCAAGCUACAUCAGGAUCUGAACCACAAGUCAUCCUCACCUCCAAGUUUCAGGAACAUGCCAACAUUUCCAUGCGUUUGUCUCAUUCUUCACCCCUUGCACAUGAAGACCUGGAGAAUUGAUCAUUUGUAUGUGUACACUUUCCAUAUCUUAUAACAGCUGGUAAUACUUAUUCAGUUCUUUUGAUCAUUUCAGUACUUUAAAUAAACAGUAUAAUAUAUUUUACAGGACAUAAUCACAUAAUCAGAAUUCACUCUUUUGCAAGACAAAUUUUGCAAAUUGUUUUUCUUCAUUUUCUCAGUGCUAGUGUCGAAGCUUAUUUAACUUGAAGUUUUCUUUCUUCUUCUUUUUUUUUAAAUCUGUAUUCCUUUAGUGCCAAUAUUCGUUAAUUGCCUUUUGCUGCGAUUAUAGACAUCUAUGCAUUGAAUUUUCUGUACCAGUCCUGAAAGGUAUGUUGUCUCUCGACAAGCCAAAAUGUGGAACAAUCCCACAUCUGUUUUGAUUAACUGGGCCACUGAAGUUGCCUGUGAAGUGCUCCUAAAGCACUCGGUGCUGAUUGGGACACGAUUCGUCGUGCACUUUAGGCCAAAUUCCACCAAGCAUCGUCGUUUUUCCUCUUUCUCUGCAGAUUUGCUGAAGGAUGAGAUGAGUCGCGUGCUGGAGACAUGGCACUGCCUCAUUGUUUACGCAUUAUAGUCUUCAGUGUGAUGCACAUCUGUGUAAAAAACGUCUUCAUCCAUUUCAGUUUACCUGUUCACAAAUCUGCGUUUUUAAGAUUUAAAUUGAACUUGCAUCCUCUGACACUGAUUUUAUCAUAGGAAUGGUUUGAUGAUGAUGAUGAUGAUGAUCAGACCUCUGUACUUCUUUGCAGUGCUGUAGUGUUAAGUGUUUCUGUCGGAGUAGAGCUCUUCACCAGUCCCUUUUGCACAGGUCCUUGAAUGUGUGACGACUUGAAAGAGCAACGCGCUUUAAUGGCCUUUUUUUUUGAAGGUGACUCAAUUUAGUCAGCCAGCUGUGAGCCAAAGUCCUUCCUCACCCCUUUCAUUCUUCCCCCCCUACAGUGACCAUUACAAUAUUAACACACAACUGAUACUCUUAUCUUACAAUUCCUCAAACACUACAUUACAUUUUUGUGUUCGACAUGCAGUGAAAUUAAAUUUCAAAUAUUUCCAUAUUAUUAUUUUAAUAGCAAAGUUCUGUGAAUGCAAGGAUUUUUUUAUUAUUGUUUUCUAUUCUUUACUUUUGCAAGCUAUUUACGUUUACAGAUUACUUUUGUAUUUGUAAUUAUCGACACAUUUCCAGAUAGACAAGUGACCGUUGAAGGUAAUUGAGCAGGAAAUUAAACAUCCCAAAGCAAACCUGAAUCUCUUCUGUAUUUAUUCAUGUCUGUAAUGUGUUUUAACCAUCUUGAUGUGGUAUUUUGUAAGAAUCCAUUCUUACAGGGAUGAGGUUUUGAUUUACAGCGCCAUGUUAUGAAUGCAGAGUAAAGACAAUUUUCCAGAAGGUUUAGUCAUGUUUAAUUUCUCCGUCUAUCUUUAAACAUGACGAAUAAUGGUAAUUAAAGAGUAAUGGCUAAUUCAGCUGGCAGGAACUGCUGGCACACAUCUGGUGAAUUGCUAAGUUCAGUAAACCCUCUUUAUUUCAUUUCAUCUCAUACCAAGUCUUGAGCUAUGAAUGAGUUGUUGUAACCAUCUCAUCUCAUCUCAUCUGACAUUUUCAUUUUCAACCUUGUACACUGAUAAAGCCGACCGUUUGAUGAACACAGCCUUGUAAAUAAAUACACUGUAUUUAUUUUCUUGCUAAUGUGUAUAGUAUUCGCACUCGCGCAACCUGGACAGAAUGUUCUGACAUCUGUACGGCGUCAAAAAAGAUCAUUUUGUGCAAGAUGUCCUUUUUGUUUCCUUCCAAUUCAAACUGACGAGAGUAUGUGCUGUUUGUCCAGAAUACACCCUGGGCCUGUAACUUGAACGUGAGGAGUAUAAAUGCAAGAUCAGCCGAUGAUUGUGAUUUCACGCAGUGUUAAGAAUUUGUUCUGACGCUUUCAUUGUUCACUGGCUUUUUUUUUUUUUUUAAAUGCUCAGGCUGCUGCUACUGCCGUAUAAUCUGUCACCAAAGACUUGUGGUAACCAGCAGUCAUAAGGGAAAUGAUUUUCUCCAGCUAAUGUGCUAUUUUAACAGUUCAUACUUGGGUAAUUUUCUGCCAUCUUGUACCAUGUUUGGUUCACACAAUUCUGGGUCUAAGAUUCUUCCUUUAUAAAGCUGUAACUAUUAUGUCUGAAUGAGACAUUUUUUUAAAAGCUCCUGCAUAACUUUGAUUAGCAAUAAGUAAAAUAGCACUUAGACUCAUGACAUGGCAUGACAUUUCCCUGAUUGUGCCUUUGAUUAAAUUUGGGCUCUGAAUUUAUGACCGUUUCACAUUUAAUGAAGAAGGGAAAAGUAUGUUCAGAUGUAACAUGCCACAUGUGCAGCUUCAUAUACACUGGAGUUUCACUUACAGAGAGCUCUCAUUGGUUCAGUUUAACAUCUACAGACUUGCAUGACCACUUCAGACUACUUGCUCAUCACUAUCUGAGAACUGCUUUGGGUUUUUAUUUUUAAUAACAUUACGACUUUGCACCCUCCUGUCCUCCCUCCUUUCUCCUGUAAUUAACAAAAUAAUUUUUAUAGAGAUAAUAAAAAUGAAAAUAGAAUAAUGCCACUUUUGUAUGAAUGAUUUAUAAGAAAACGAAUAAAAGUCAUA